AUGCUGGCCCUAUUUGUUUUGCUAGGAUGCACAAAGUCAAAGCAUGCUUACUCCAAUGUGUAUCUUUUCGAGCUAUCCUUCAACCAGAGCUCUCCCAUACUUAAGAACAUGCAGACAGAUACCAUGAACUCUACACAAAUGGAUACAACAGUCCGCACAAGCUACAUGGGCAGCUGCAUCACUUUUAAUGCAUCAUCUUCAAAUUCUGAGAUGAAGUGUGGCUAUACGGACAGCAUUCUCAGCAAAUACUCGAGUGAGUUGCCUGAGUUCUCUCUCUAUAAUGAAGCCACCAACAGCACAACUGAGGAGAUGAAUCUUGUUGAUUUCAGCUCAUCUCUGCAAAAAAACAAAUCCUUGGUCUCGAAUGUUACGGCAGGUGGAUUUGUUCCUUUAGUGAUUUUUCUCAUUGUGGAAAUUAUCGGUAUGGCGGUAAAUGCUGCCUCCGUUGGGCUUCGUUUCACCAAAUUUAGCGUGCUCACAUACAUUAUAGCUGCUGCAAUUGGGUUCAGUUCGUGGAUUCUAUCCAUUGCCACUCUUUCGUGGAUAGAGGCUCAAAGAAACACAAUUCAAAGCAUGGUUCAUUACAUGUCAUUGGGAUUGUUAAAAGGAUCUAUAAACGGCCGACUGUCAGGAAUUGAGUGGGCUACUUUCUUCAUGACGCUUUUGCAAGGAUUGAUUGGUGGGUUUUUCUGCUGGAAAGAGGCGCAUAAGGAAGCCAAGGACGAGAAGCGGCAAGUUGUGUGA